AUGGGGGUAACGAUUCCUUUGAAGCUACUUCAUGAGGCACAGGGAUUUGUUGUUACUGUAGAAACCAACAGCGGAGAUAUGUAUAGGGGACAGAUGAAAGAAGUCGACGACUAUAUGAACAUUAUCCUGACUGAUGCUGUUGUCACUUCCAACAGCUCUUGCAUACCGAGGAAAGAGGUUGUGAUUCGUGGAUCAAGCAUUCGAUUCUUUGUCUUGCCGCCUGCACUGAAGUUUGCUCCGUUCUUUGGAAGAAAGACUUAA